AUGGCUCUCCCACCUAAAUUCGCAGGUCAGAGAUUCUUGGCUUCCGAGGCUCCGGCGCAGGCAUUGCAUACGUUGGAAUUGUAUUUGGAUUAUGUUUGUCCGUUCUCGGCCAAGAUGUUCAACACAGUUUAUACUUCUGUGUUUCCCCUAAUCAAACAGAAAUACGCAUCAAAAGUCCAAAUUAUCUUCCGUCAACAAAUUCAACCAUGGCAUCCAAGUAGUACCUUGGUCCACGAAGCCGGUGUCGCUGUCCUAAACCUCUCACCCGAAAAGUUCUAUCCUUUCUCUGCCUCUCUUUUCAAACAACAAAAGGAUUUUUAUGACACAAACGUCGUUAAUGAGACACGUAAUGCAACAUACAAACGUCUCGCAAAGAUUGGAGGAGAAGCAGGAAUCGACGAGGAGAAAAUGUACGAUCUGCUUAAGAUUGAUAAUAAGCCAGGUCCAGAUGGAAGUAUGAACUCUGGAAAUGGGGUUACGAAUCAACUUAAGGUGUUGGUUAAGAUGAAUAGAUUGGUGGGAAUUCAUGUUACACCAACUGUUGUUUUCGAUGGAGUUGUAGAGAACUCAAUCGGCAGCUCCUUCACUGCCGACCAAUGGGAAGAAUGGUUGGACAAGAACGUCGCAUGA